AUGGCGGAUUACAAUUAUGGAGGCUCCGAAGAGGAGAACGCAGAGCUGAAGAAGCUAGAGGCUGAGCUGCUCGAUGACCCCGAUAGUUUCGAGACCUGGGAAAGGCUCGUUCGUGCUGCAGAGGCCCUCGAAGGAGGAGUCAAUCGCAACUCUAAUCCACAGGCGAUCACAACUGUACGGAAUGUUUACGAUCGAUUCCUUGCCAAGUUUCCCUUGCUGUUUGGAUACUGGAAGAAAUAUGCCGACUUGGAGUUCUCUAUUACAGGCACUGAGGCUGCGGAUAUGGUCUACGAACGAGGCAUCGCUAGCAUUUCCCCCUCCGUCGACUUGUGGACCAACUACUGUUCCUUCAAAGCUGAAACCUCCCAUGACACCGACAAUAUUCGAGAACUGUUUGAGCGAGGGGCAAGCAGCGUUGGGCUAGACUUUCUCUCUCACCCGUUUUGGGAUAAGUACAUUGAAUAUGAGGAGCGCGUGGAAGCCUUUGAUAAAAUCUUUGGUAUCCUCGGGCGGGUAAUCCACAUCCCCAUGCACCAAUAUGCCCGGUACUUUGAGCGCUAUAGACAGCUUGCUCAAACGCGCCCCCUUGUGGAGCUGGCCCCUCACGAUAUUCUAUCCCAAUUCCGUGCGGAACUUGACGCCGCCGCAGGACAUGUGGCACCAGGUGCAAAGGCUGAAGCCGAGGUGGAACGAGAUUUGCGUCUCCGUGUGGACAGCUACCACCUGGAGAUUUUCUCCAAAACACAAACGGAGACAACCAAGCGCUGGACGUAUGAGUCGGAGAUCAAGCGCCCGUACUUCCACGUCACUGAGCUUGAUGAGGGCCAGCUGGCGAACUGGAGAAAGUACCUCGACUUCGAAGAGGCCGAGGACUCGUACUCGCGCACUCAGUUUUUGUAUGAAAGGUGCCUUGUGACAUGUGCCCACUACGACGAAUUCUGGCAGCGUUACGCCCGAUGGAUGUCCGCUCAGGCUGGAAAGGAGGAGGAAGUACGCAAUAUUUACCAGCGCGCUAGCUGUCUCUACGUGCCUAUCGCCAACCCAGCAACCCGUCUCCAGUAUGCCUACUUUGAAGAGAUGUCUGGUCGCGUGAGUGUUGCCAAGGAGAUCCACGAAGCUAUCCUCAUCAACAUUCCCAACCAUGUCGAAACCAUAGUAUCCUUGGCCAAUAUGUGCCGUCGUCACGGUGGCCUGGACGCUGCAAUUGACGUGUAUAAGACCCAGUUGGAUUCCCCACAGUCUGACCUGAGCACCAAGGCGGCCCUUGUCGCAGAAUGGGCGCGGUUGCUGUGGAAGAUCAAAGGUUCUCCCGAGGAGGCUCGCCAGGUUUUCCAGAAGAACCAGCAAUACUACCUGGACAGCCAGCCCUUCUGGCAAAACUAUCUCAGGUUUGAGCUAGACCAGCCCACAAGUGCUACCGCAGAGAACACUCAGUAUGAGCGGAUAAAGCAGGUGAUCGAGGAUAUUCGCUCGAAGAGCGCCCUUCCGUCGGAGAUCGUGAGAGGACUUGUCCAAACCUACAUGGUCUACUUGCUUGAGCGAGGAACGCAGGAUGCUGCGAAGGAGUACAUGACUCUUGACCGGGAAGUCCACGGUCCUGCCUCAGUAGCCCAUGCAAAGACCGGCGAAACAGUGCUGCCAACACCACCGCAAGCUGCCAACCAGCCCCCGUCCACUGAAAACUCCAUCCCCCCUGCCCCACAAACCAACGACUAUAACUACUACCAGCAAGCCCCGGUCAACGGCGUCUUCUAUCAGUGCCGUUGGUUUCCAACCUGCAUCAUGGACGGUAUCGGCGUAAAUGGCUCCAUAGCGAGCCCGCACCUGCCUCCUCAGCCGCCCCAAGAUCCUAUUGAACGACCUCCCACUCCUCCUCCACCUCCCCCAGAAGAGCCCGGUGCUCCUCCGCCGCCGCCAGACCUGUCCGCGCCUCCACCCCCACCCGAGGACCUUCCACCUGCUCCCCCUCCGCCUGAGACAAAGAAAAAGAAGGUAGGCUGGGGGGCGAAGCGUCCGACGGCGACGCCGCUGAGUGUGGAAGAGCUUGUACGGAAGAAGAGAGAGGCUGAUGCCGCUGCAGCUAAGCCAAAAUUUAUGUCCAAAGCGGACCGAGAGAGACUCGCUCUAGAAAAACGCGCGAAGGAAGUCGAAGCUGAGCGGAGGCUCAAGGCGAGCAGAACAUCUAACGGGGUAGAGAGUAACGGUACACGGUCUCCAUCCAUAGUUUCGGAGACACCCAAUGGCGAUUUACGAUCCAUACCUACGGGUCCUCGCGCCAUGCGGAACAGCGAUGCUCCCACGGCGCCCGCGGCCAUGCGCCAUUCUCAAUCUUCGAAGAACAACCAUGAUGCGCCGCCGCCUAAGUCACAGGAGACAAGAGGAGACAAACGCCCCUUAUAUGAGGAGGAAGCAGUGGCACAGGCUGCACUCGUGAAGCAGAGAUACAUGGGUGCGGAGCAGACCUCGAAUUUCUCGGCGAAGAAGAAGCGGAAGCGCACGACGGAUCGAAAAUUCAAUUUCGAGUGGAAUGUCGAAGAGGAUACCAGCGGCGACUAUAAUCCGUUAUAUCAGAAUCGACACGAAGCGCAUUUCUUCGGGCGCGGGCGUCUUGCAGGCUUUGGAGAUGAUGUUGCGGAUUCUGUGGCGCAGAAAUACGCCAGGGCGCUGGAGGACCGCGAUAGUGAGGCGGGUGGGAUUCGGGCGCGCGAGAUCCUGGAAAUGGAACGCCGGCGGAAGGAGGAGAGUACCCGGAACCAGUUGGACAAGCACUGGAGUGAGAAGAAGCUGGAGCAUAUGCGCGAGAGAGAUUGGCGUAUCUUUAAGGAGGACUUCAAUAUCAGUAACAAGGGUGGAAGUGUCCCGAACCCCAUGCGGUCAUGGGAGGAGUCUGGUCUGCCGAAGCGAUUGAUGGAACUCAUCAGCCGUGUGGGUUACAAGGAGCCUACUCCAAUUCAACGGGCUGCUAUCCCUAUCGCCUUGCAGUCCCGAGAUCUUAUCGGCGUUGCGGUUACUGGUUCGGGUAAGACCGCAUCCUUCUUACUGCCUUUGCUGGUCUAUAUCGCGGAACUGCCGCGGAUCGACGAGCUCGAGUCGCGCAAAAACGACGGGCCCUACGCGAUCGUUCUCGCCCCGACCCGUGAACUGGCGCAGCAAAUCGAAAUUGAAGCUAAAAAGUUCACGGAGCCUCUGGGAUUCAAUGUUGUCAGUAUUGUCGGGGGUCAUUCUUUUGAAGAACAAGCAUACAGUCUGCGCAACGGUGCCGAAAUUAUCAUCGCCACCCCUGGUCGUCUCGUCGACUGCAUCGAGCGCCGCCUGUUGGUCCUCAGCCAGUGCUGCUACGUGAUCAUGGAUGAAGCUGAUCGGAUGAUUGAUCUUGGUUUCGAGGAGCCUGUUAACAAGAUCCUUGAUGCACUUCCUGUCUCCAACGAAAAGCCGGACAGUGAAGAGGCCGAAGACUCGUACGCGAUGAGUCGACACGUCGGACUCGGGAUGAAAGACCGCUAUCGUCAGACCAUGAUGUACACGGCCACGAUGCCUUCGGCCGUGGAGCGGAUCGCGCGAAAGUACCUCCGUCGACCGGCGAUCGUUACCAUCGGAAGCGCCGGUGAAGCCGUUGACACGGUCGAGCAGCGUGUCGAGAUGGUGGCUGGGGAGGACAAGCGCAAGAAGCGACUCGGUGACAUUCUGUCUUCCGGCGAAUUCCGCGCGCCGAUUAUCGUCUUCGUCAAUAUCAAGCGCAACUGCGAUGCCAUCGCGCGCGAAAUCAAACAAUGGGGGUUCUCCUCCGUGACGUUGCACGGAAGCAAAACGCAGGAGCAGCGUGAAGCCGCUCUUGCCUCCGUGCGCAACGGCUCGACGGAUGUCCUUGUCGCUACGGAUCUCGCAGGUCGUGGUAUUGAUGUGCCCGAUGUCAGUCUCGUCGUUAACUUUAACAUGGCCACUUCGAUCGAAAGUUAUACGCAUCGUAUCGGUCGUACUGGUCGUGCGGGUAAGAGUGGUGUGGCUAUUACCUUUUUGGGUAAUGAGGAUGCAGACGUCAUGUACGACCUCAAGCAAAUGCUGAUCAAAUCGCCGAUUUCACGAGUCCCGGAUGAAUUGCGCAAACACGACGCGGCUCAGUCCAAGUCUACGCGAGGCCUACCGAAGAAGAUUGAUGACAGCUCGACGUUUGGAGGUAAGGGCGGGUGGUAG